AUGAUGGAUAAUAGUUACGACUAUUGGUUUUCAAAAUACGAUUCAGAGUCUUUCGAAAAAGAUUUCGUCAAGGUUCCAUACAAUGAAUUCCUGAAUCAGUUGAUUGUCAAUCCUGACUUCAGUCUUCUUCCAAAUGAACCUCAAUUUUCAUUAGAUAAUGGUCAUAAGACCCUGUAGUAAACAUUGCAAACAAAUCAUUAGAUUAUUUCAACAUUCUUCUUGCCCCUCCUCGAUAACUCAAGGGAGUCUUUCCUGAGAUGGGUGAGAAGCGUGAUUGCAUUUAUAGAUUGUGAGAAGAUGUAUUCCAUCAUGUUUUGGAAUCUGAGUUUCAUUCCCAACUUCCUUGAAUAUCGAUUGUAUGCAAGCUUCGUUAGACUCUACAAAUUCCUAAUCAGUUUAAACUAAAAUGUGAUUCAGACCAAAUCUCUAACCACUGAAUAAAUCAGGUUGUCAAACAAAAUCACCAUCAAGACUCUCGCUGAGAAGUAUUAAGACGCCCUGUAUGUCUCUUUUGAGGAAUUGGUCAAGUUGUAAAGACAAAUGUUGAAAGUAUUAAAACCGCUUGUCAGUCAAAACCCUACUCUCCUAGGCAAGAUUUACUAUUUCAUCUAUCACAUGUACGAUAAACCCACAACACAAUUGCGCAAAGAUCUUGAUUUACAAUUUGGAUAAUUGGAGUAUCUAUGGGUCAAGAAAAUUCUCGCUGAAAAUGAAUUGGCAAUCAAAUACAUCGAUGCUUAUUUAAAUGAAGACAAAUAGCCAUUGUCUAAUAAGGAUCAAUUCUUAUUCGAAGAUUCAGAAAUCUUAAAAUAACUUGUGAGUUCAAAUAAAUCAGAAAAUCUGUAUAAAGUGGAUGCUCAAGACAAAUCGUUGUUAGAAAAGUCAAAGAAGAUUCAAUAUCUGAAUUAAAUGGACAGUAAAUGCAAGAGAAGAAAUCAUGAUGCCAAGUCUUCAUUCCUUGUUUAGAAUUAUAGUGUUGUUUCUGAAUCCAUGAAGUCAUCAACUGAAAAUAGGUCCAAGACUUAUGCUGAUGAACCACCUAAAUUUAAAUUAAACUCAAUCUAGACUAAUUCAAUAGCUGAUAAAUCUACGUUCAUUCAAUUUUCAACUAAUAAUCCAACUAAUGUUCAGAAUUCAGUUCUAGGAUUCUUGGCUAGUGAUCUUAUUCAUCUUGAAAAAGAACAUCAAUAGGAAUUCAAAAGUAAUACCUUGCCCAAAAGAAUUCAAAUGGAUGAGUCUAUCAAAUUAAAUGAUGAUUUAGUAGAAUUCAUCUCAAAAGCCGAUAGUUAAAUUGUUGCGAUAAGAGAUGAAGAUAUUACUCUUGAAGAUAAUUACAAAAGGAAAAGAUAUAGGAUUAAAAUUAAUAAGAAAUUCGAAGAAAACGAAUCACCUGAUAUUAAUAGAAAACAAACAUUUGCUAGUCUUAAUUAACAAGAAAACAACGAAGAAGAAUUAAGAAAAGUGAGAGCCAGACGACUGUUGGAAGAACAAAACCAAUUUUUUUAUUAGAAACUCAGAUAUGCCAGCAAUCAAGACAAUGAAUUACCUACAGUUAAGGACAAGGAUCUUUUUAGAUAUUCUUUUGAAGAUUCAAUGAGUGAAGACGAGGAAUCUGAAGAAGAGAUUAAGCUAAAACAAUAAUCCCUAAAAUAGGCUAAAGUAGUUGUACCAAAAAAUUACUCAUAAAAUACUCAAGGCAUUAUUUUCGAGAAGUUUAAACAAUCUUCUGGAGAUUGUAUUCAAGGAGGUUCUGAAAAAAGAAAAUGUUUCUUAAAUAGAUUAUUUCAUAUGAAUGAAAAUUCACUAAGAAUAUCAGGAAGGUCGUUGGUGUUGGAUUUUGAAGAGAGAAAAUGGGAAUUGUUAAAAUAAGCUCAUUUAUCAAAGACGUUAAUGAAGGAGGAGAAUUACACAUUAAAUUUUGAUGAACCAAUAGCCAAUAUCAUUCAUAGGGACAUUCAUUUUAGAUAGAAUUUAAAAAACAAUUAUGAAAAAUACUAUAAUUUUUGA